CCAGAGGAGGACGGGGUCCGAGUUGUGUGCAUGGCCUCGGGGUGGUUCCCAAAGCCCCAAGUGCAGUGGAGAGCUCUAAGUGGAGAGAAGUUCCUGACGUUCUCUGAGACCCAAGCCCAAGAUGCUGAAGGGCUGUUCACCAUAAAGGCAACUCUUGUGGUGAAGGACAGUUCUUCUGGGAAUGUGACCUGCUCAGUCCUCAACCCCAUAUUGGGCCAGGAGAAAGCAAUGGCCAUUUUCAUCCCAGAACCCUUCUUCCCUCAGAGUUCUCCCUGGAAGCUGACUUUCAUGGUGAUCCUGACUGUGCUGAUGCUCCUACUCCUUGGGGUUGUCUUCUACAUCAUGAGAGAACAUACUGCAAAGCUCAAGGAUAUGCAGGAAUGGGAGAAACUGCACAGAGACAAGGAGGAGGACCGGCAGAUAAAGGAGGAGGCACUGAAGGCCACAGGUAAGUUUCUAUGUCACAUUUGUAGGAGACAUUCUGGUUGUCAGCUCACCUGUUUCCUGUGUUGCCUUUCAGACUGGAGGAAAUCUGCUUACCUGGCCGGUGAGUGA